UAGCGUGUGUCGGAGGCAGCCCUGCGGCGGAGACCGAAAGGUGCUCCGAGGAGCUUGAGCGAGAGCGCGGCAGAACAGCGCCUCCGCCGCCGUGCGCAACGAAGAGCGCCACUGAGUGUAUGUUGCUUACUAUAGAAGAAUCGCAAAUCUGUGAGUUUGGAAAUAGCAGCCCAGAACAGCUGAGGAACAGCAAGUGCAGCGCACUGAAUACAAUGCUGCAGCAUUCAGAAACAAACUGUGAUGGCACAGAAAACGCAGGUGCGUUGGAGGAGAUGGAAGAUUACAUUGCCAGAAACAGAAAACUGUUGGGAAAUGCAUACUGUGCUCCAGAACUGCGAGAGGAAACGCCAGGAAGGGAGGAAACCCGUACUGACCCACCUGAUGGCCAGCAAGACCCAGAAAGUGAGAAAAACAAAGAGAAAACUUUAGGAAAAGAAGUUCUAUUACUGAUGCAAGCUUUAAAUACUCUUGCUACUCCAGAGGAAAAGUUGGCAGCACUCUGCAAGAAAUAUGCUGAUCUGUUGGAGGAGAGCCGCAAUGUUCAAAGACAAAUGAAGAUGCUGCAGAAGAAACAGGCUCAGGUUGUAAAAGAAAAGGUCCACCUGCAGAGUGAGCACAGCAAGGCCAUUCUAGCACGCAGCAAACUGGAAUCUUUCUGUCGUGAGCUUCAACGCCAUAAUAAGACUUUAAAGGAAGAGAACAUGCAACAAGCCCGUGAAGAGGAGGAAAGGCGUAAAGAAGCAACUGCACACUUCCAGAUCACGCUAAAUGAAAUUCAGGCUCAGCUGGAACAGCAUGGCAUACACAAUGCAAAGCUCUGCCAAGAAAAUAUUGAAUUGGGGGAGAAGCUGAAGAAACUCGUAGAACAAUAUGCACUGCGAGAAGAACAUAUGGACAAAGUCUUCAAACAUAAAGAACUACAGCAGCAGCUAGUGGAUGCUAAACUUCAGCAAACAACACAGCUUAUAAAAGAAGCUGAAGAAAAGCAUCAGAGAGAGAGGGAGUUUCUACUAAAAGAGGCUACUGAGUCCAGACACAAAUGUGAACAGAUGAAACAACAAGAAGCUCAAUUAAAACAACAGCUUUCUCUGUACAUGGAUAAAUUUGAGGAAUUCCAGACAACAAUGGCAAAGAGUAACGAACUUUUCACAACGUUCAGACAAGAGAUGGAAAAGAUGACCAAGAAGAUUAAAAAACUGGAAAAAGAAAUAAUAGUUUGGCGUACAAAAUGGGAAAACAACAACAAGGCUCUCCUGCAAAUGGCUGAAGAAAAAACUGUUAAGGACAAAGAAUAUAAAGGCUUCCAAAUAAAACUGGAGCGUUUGGAAAAGUUGUGCAGGGCUCUUCAAACAGAAAGAAAUGAGCUGAAUGAGAAGGUGGAAGUUCUUAAAGAACAGAUUUCUGUAAGGGAAGCAGAUGUCGAUCUAGGUGUACACGUGUUGCAGUCAUGCACACUCAACUCCCAUGAGAAGCUGGGGAUUUCUACUAAUGGAGUGCAAGAAGGAAUCCAACCAGAUGCUGAAUCAAGAGUGGCAAAUGAAGGCUCUGAAAAAACUGUCUGCCCGGGUUCCAUUCCUGCCACAGAUUUUGUUGACUAAAGUGUAAACACUGUAUUGAGAGAUAUAUUUUGUGUAUAACUUUAACUGGUGGUGGUAACUAUUAGUUUUGUGGUGAAAAUUUUCUUACUUUUUCUACCAUAUCUGUAUUUUCUUAGAACAGAACAGAACUUGCCUGGUACAGGAAGCUGCGUAGCAGCUAUUGAAUAGCUUAUCUAUAAAAUUUCCACAACUGUGUUGCACAUCUGCCUCGUUUUUUUUUUAAAAAAAACUAUCAUAAAGGAUGCAUGCAAAUUCCUUCCUUCUGACCCCAUAAUACACAUCACCACAACUAAGUCUCAUGUACAGUUUUGACAUCAUGUCAGGGGAACAAUUGUGACCAGAAUGUCGCAGACUUAGUUUGGGGGAAAAUAUUUUCUUCUGUUAAGAAAAUUAAGGCUUAGUAUUGAAUUAUAAUUACCAAAUACUACAGUAAACAAUUAUUGGGUAUGUGAUGACCAAUGGAAGCGCAUGACUGGCUCUUUAGAUUAAUAUCUGUAUGAACAAAGCCGAAAAAUCUUACAGGGUUUAAUUUAGCUGCAGUCUUACCUACAGUUUUGAAAUAUAUGUAAUUUUGCAACUGGAAAAACAGGGUAUACAACUCUCAGAUUUCUCAGGAUUGUCCUGCACGGUCAGUUCAUAGAUGGAGUGACUGUUGCCCUACCUGUUAAAAUGAAGAAACAAAGGCACUCAGGCUUCAUCCAAACAACCACUAACUAAAAUCCAAAUGCAUUUUGAGGUCACUGCUGCCUUCCGUAAAGAGAAUAAAAUAAGCUGCAACAUAAAGCCUACUGUCUAGAAAUGCAUGUGUAUAGUUGCAGCUUGUUCAUUAUUACAAAAUGCAGUGGGAUUUUGAUUAGUGCUUGCUAGAUAAAAGUUUACCUUUGUUUUGGGGCUUCACUAGGUUUGGUGCCUACCUAUUAGUGUGAAAUAGUGAGCAUGUACAAAUGCAUUCACUGAAACUGGAUGUAAUAGGCAAUGUCAGUCCAUGUAUUGGUCCCUUUAGUAGACAGUACAGUAAGGGUGCAAUGCUAUGUAUGUUUAGGUCAAAAGUCCUACAACUCCCAGCAUUCCUCAGCCAUCAUGGCUGGCUGGAGAAUGCUGAGAGUUGUAAGACUAUUUUCUGUCUAAACAUGCAUAGGAUUGUACCCUAAAUCAUAAUGCAUAGAUUUGACAGGAAAUGUUUUCAUGAAAACCCAUCUACCCUUGUUAAAUACACAAAUUAGUGUAUCUAAUUCAGCCAUAAUGGAUGGCAGGAGAACACUCUGAUCCUAUUUCUCAGCUACUGCUAUUUGUAAAGUAAAGUGUCUAACUAAACAAAAGACACCUGUAAGCAAAAGUGCCUUCUGGUAUCUAUAAAUUAACUGGUGAAUUCGGCACUUCAAUUUUUAUGUUGUCAACUAAUGUACAGGAAGUAAGGCUCCAUUUCAUUUCUGUUGCUUUGUGAUUAGAGUUAUGUAUGUAGGUUUGCUUGGACAAGUCCAGAUACCCCCUCUCCCAUAAUCCAAAUUUGUGUUUUUAUUUAAAAGACUGGGACCAAAAGUGUUUCUUUUGUUAAUGUAGAUAGAGUGCUACUAAAUCAGAAGCUGCUGCUAAGUGCUUGCAGGUAUUAGCUUUCUAGUUGUUGCUAUUUUGAGGAAAUACAAAUAUCCCCAUUUCUAAUACCUUGUUUGGUCUUCAUUUUUGAGAGAUUUGUGACUCAAAACAUAAAACUGUUGGUAGACUCUCUCCUUGCCUACUCAUGCUCUUUGUUUAGUUGCAAAUUACUUGAAUAUUCAGGCUAUACUAAGAUGUGCUACCUUUUACCUGAUACAAUGUACAGUGAAGUAUCCAAAAGGAAAUAAAGGAUAAAGAAAACAUUUUGGAUAUCUGAUCAUACCACUGAGUAAAAUCAAAUUGACAUGUGUAGGGACUUAAUUUAGAGACUGGGCAGUUUUAUUCCUCAAAAUUGUAUUUGCAGUUUGUAUGUGUGUAUUCCAACUGCAGUAAAGUUAGCAUAGCUGGUUGGAGGUGUGCAGUGAGGAAGGGAAAAUUUGGUUUUACCAAUCCUAACUUUUUGGUCAUGGGUACCAGAGAGAAAUUAUUUUAAUUAAACAAAUUUGAUCACUAUUUUAAAGCAUAUUAAACGGAAUAAAAAAAGUUUUAAAUUUAAAGUGCAAAAAAGGAACCUGAAAGGGUUCUUUUUUCUUACUAGAAAAUGAAUUUGUAACUGAAUGCAUGUUAGAAGUAGAAACUGCAAAGUUUCUGGAUAUUUUUUACCAUGUACUUGGUUGCCUUUUUAUCUAUGGCCAAAACUGGUGAAACAGCUUAAUCCUUGCUCUGUCUCUGGCAAGGUUUUGGAUCCUGUUGCAAUUAAAAACUGCUUUUGAUUGACAAUUGAUGAAAACAUCAAUGUAAGUAUUGAUUACUGUCACUGUGAAAGAUAAAGGAAUUGGGAUGAUGAUGUCGUCUUUCUUUUUUAAAUGCUUGCACAUGCAACCCUUCCCAGUCUGUUUUUCCCAAGUCCUGGUGGUAUUAACUUUGUUUCCUGAAGCCUCAAGGCAUUCCAUACAUUGACCGGUGAGAGGGCUAGUAUAGAACAAGCUCAGCUUUAGUCUGAUCUGCCACCCAUUGGGUAUUGCACUGCCAUUUUCCAGCUGAUUUGUACAGUGCACUUCACUUCUACAACUCAUGCUUACUGCAAGCAGCUGCUUUACAGUGUGUAAACCAGUAAUCAUGUUCUUAAAAAUAUUAAACUAUUCCUUUACAGUUGUUGCAGUUAAUUUAUAUCAGAUGUGUUAAGUAUAGGGGGAGUGCAUUACUAUUAUUUUUGCUAUUACGUAACUGGGGCUUCGGAUGCCUCACUGAUAGCUGAGUAAGCCUAGAAUGUUAAACUAAUCUCAUACUGAACCUCCAAAGCCCAACACCCUGUCAUUUAAGUGUAUUUACAUACUCAUUUUAGGGCUGCACCUUUCCAAUCCAUUGUCCCCUCUACAUUAUUCCUGGUUAUGUUACAGUUCAAUUCUCAGGUGUUGCAGAAAAUCUACCUCUUCAGACUGUAGAUGGAAAUAACUGUGAAACGUGAUGCAGAAAUUUAGUUUGUGCUGAACACUCUGCUUUAUUUUUACAACCCAUACCUGCUUCCGGGGGUGGAGGGAGGAGGGAAUUGCUGAAUAAAUAGGCAGUCUUGUUUUUGCUUUUCAGGAACAUUUUGUAGAGAUUUUUCACUAAUGUGAAUCUGAAAUUUUAUCUACUCAGUUCUGUAUAGAUUAAGUAAAUAUGUGUGCUUAAUA